AUGCGCUGGGUGCGAUUGCUGCGCCGGGGCCGUACCCUCGAUCAGGCGCUCACCGCAGCACCAGGGCUGGAUGCGCUCUCGCCGCGCGACGUUGCCUUCGCACGACUGCUGCUGCUGACGACGCUCCGCCGCCUCGGCCAGAUCGAUGCCUUUCUGGCCGGGCUCAUGGACCGUCCGUUACCCGCACGGCGCGGGCCGGUGCAGGACGUGCUCGGCUCGGCUUACGGCGACGCGCGCUGCCGGGCCAUCGCCGAAGCCCACCUCAAGGAGCCGCCGCUCGACCUCUCGCCGGUGACCGAUACGGAGGACCGGGCCGAAGCGCUUUGCGCCGCACUCGCCGCCGAGCGUCUGCCCGGCGGCACACUCCGGCUGCGGGGCGCCGGCGAGGUGACGCGGCUGGCUGGUUACGAGGCGGGUGAGUGGUGGGUGCAGGAUGCGGCGGCCGCGCUACCGGCCCGCUUGUUUGGCCCGGUCGCGGGCAAGCAGGUGUUGGAGAUCGGCGCCGCCCCUGGGGGCAAGACCGCGCAGCUCGCUGCCGCCGGCGCGCGGGUCACCGCUGUCGAUCGCUCUGCCCCCCGCCUCGCCCGGCUCAGGGAGAACCUCGCCAGGCUCCACCUCGAGGCCGAGAUCGUCGAGGCCGAUGCGCUCGACUGGCACCCGGCGGCGCAGGCCCACUUGGUGCUCCUCGACGCACCGUGCGCGGCGACCGGGACCAUCAGACGCCACCCCGAUAUUCUGCACGGCCGCCGCCCCGCCGACGUUGCCCGCCUCGCCGAAUUGCAGGGCCGAUUGCUGGCACGUGCCGCUGCCAUGGUGGCGCCAGGGGGACUCCUGGUUUACGCGAGCUGCUCGCUCCAGCCGGAAGAAUGCGAGCGCCGGGUGGACGCAUUUCUCGCGGAGGCUCCGGAUUUCGCACGCCUGCCGGUGUGCCCGGGCGAGCUAGCGGGAGUCGGCGAAGCCAUCACGACAGCCGGCGAUCUCCGCACGCUCCCCUGUCAUUGGGCGAAAGACGGCGGGAUGGAUGGCUUCUACGCCGCACGCUUGCGGCACCUUGGCUAA